CGCAGCAGUGAGCGCGCCUUCCACCUUGAGCAGGGGGUUCCGCGUUUCCCUCUGAGAGGACCACCUCCGAUCGGUUUGGGGAACCUCGCCGAUUGGAUUAUCUCCGGGAUCGCUGAUCGCCCCCGCGCGUGAUCCGAAUGUCGAUCGUCGGGACCGGAAGCGGGAUCCAUGCGCGACAGGUGAAAGUGGCUUCCCACGACAGCGGGUGAGAGACGGGACCACCCUCACGCGGCGGUGGCUCUACAGACGUGUCCCAGAGGGAACUCUCGCACGAGUUCUCGCCACCGUCGUCGGCCGCUGACCCUAAGUAUCGCGAUCUGGUAUCAGCGGAAUUACGCGGCCGGGGACAGGAAUUCCUUCUCCCUCGAGAAGAGAAUGAGAGAAUAUUUUCGCGACAGAACAGAUAAUACGUAUAUGUGAGCCCCACAGACGACUCUCCCCAGAGCGGCGUGGCGUGAAUUCUGCGGAGGACGAAGGAUGCACGAGGACGAGGGUGGGCGGUAAUCCCGAUAUACCAAGGUGCGAACAACGUGAAAAUGUUUUUCGUGCGCGGCGUACGGCGGCGUGUUAACUAAAACGCUCGCGUUAACGCUCGACCCGUGAUCGCGCGACCACGACGAACCGCGGGAGUCAUCUAUAAGCUUGGAUAUCGAUUUUUCCGUCCCACGUUUCUCGAAAACAUCAUUACGUCAUUAUAUCCGCCGAGCGAUGACGGAGAAGAGACGUGGGAUGGGUGGUUUCGCGUGCGCGCGUGUGAGACUUAGUGGUGUAUGAAAUGAACGCCAAUAGACUGUGCAAGGAUGUACUAUUACCCGAUCGAGUAACCCCGUUAGACGACGUUCGAGGGAGAGAGAGAGAGAGAGAGUUUGCGUACAUAAAUAACGCGCGUAAUCGCGCGCGGAGCCCUUAAGAAGUUACGGCGACUUACUUAUAAUCCCGCAGUUUUAUGUCGGGAAUCUGCCGGCGAAGUGCCUCGCGUGCUCCGUCAACUGCACUUAAGCCUCCUCUCAAAGCGCAGGUCGCGACCGCCCCGCCGUCGCCCCCGCUCGUUACCGUUAAAAGUGUACAUCGGACGUUUUAUCGGGAGUCGUCGCCGGUAAAAAUCGGACGCCGGAGGACCGGCUCUCUUUCUCUCUCUCUUUCGCCGACCAGGGGGUCAGGAUCGAUGCGACGGAUCUCCGCCGUCGUCUGCCGCGUCUUAUGACGAGAUGCGCCCGUUAGAACCGAGAUUCCGGAUGACCUGACGGAUCACCGGGGGAUCGCUCUCGUCUUCAUUGAAAGUUAUCAGCCGCGUCGGCUCCCACUUAAGCACGGGAUUUAAGAAGGAGAACGGUGUACCUGCACGAGGGGGUGGAGGAGGAGGAGGAGGAAGAGGUGGAGGCAAGGAUUCAUUCCGCUUACAAUGGAGAGGAUGCUUUUGCUGAUGAGCUUGCUGGCCCGGUUCGUCGUAGCGGAAGUUCUGCUCGGCGACGUCGACGAGCCACUGCCUAUAUCAGACGUUAGCGCUGUGGCCGGUUUCAAAGCUCGGAUACCUUGCGACAUCGAUCCGCCGAUUAAAGACGAGAUGGUCAUCAUGGUAUUUUGGUACAAAGAUGAAAAGGACAGUGAACCAAUAUAUCGCAUGGACGUUCGGGGAAGGAAGCUAGUUCAGGCAAGGCUUUGGUCAGAUCCGUAUGUGUUCGGUGAAAGGGCGGUUAUGAAGACGGACGUAAAGCCCGCCGAGCUGGAGAUAGAUCCUUUGGAGUCCACGGACGGUGGUAUAUACAGAUGUAGAGUGGAUUUUAAAAAUAGUCCCACGAAGAAUCAGAAGAUUAAUCUUACGGUCAUAGUGCCGCCGAAAAAGCCGGUGAUAUAUACCGACACUAAAAGGACUCCGGCUCAAAUACUGGAAACGUUUAACGAGGGAAGCGAGAAGUUCCUGUUGUGCGAGGUGAUCGGAGGUACACCCCCACCGAGGGUCACGUGGUACCUCAACGACAAAGUCCUGGACGACACGUAUACGCAUAUGCACGACGUAACGACAAAUCGGUUGGAUAUCCCGAGUGUCACCAGGGAGUUUCUGAGGUCGAGGCUAAUUUGCAAGGCGACCAAUACUCAACUUAUGACGCCCCUGACCUCUGAGGUCAUUAUAGAUAUGAACCUGAAGCCGCUCGUGGUCAACAUUACGAAUAAGCUAUUUCAUUUGUCGGCAUAUAAAACUUACGAUAUCGAGUGUGAAACCUCGGGUGCUAAACCGGGAGUGAUAUUCAGCUGGUACAAAGGGACUCAUCAUGUUAGGCACAUGGCUAGAACUUUCUCAGACAAUCCGAACAUCACGAAAAGUGUGCUGAGCUACGUGCCGACCAUCGAGGACGAUGGAAAAUUUUUGACGUGCAGGGUGGAAAAUUCCAUAGUGCCUAACAGUGGCUUGGAGGACAAAUGGCGUUUGUUGGUGUAUUACGCACCGCGGGUGAGCAUUAAGUUGGGUUCCAGCUUGAGGGCGAACGACAUAAACGAGGGCGACGACGUCUACUUUGAGUGCGACGUGCAAGCCAAUCCAAAGUCUUACAAGCUACUUUGGUUCAAAGACGGCAAGGAAUUGCAUCAGAACGCUACCGCGGGGAUUAUUCUUCCUGGUGGACAAUCCCUGGUAUUACAGAGCGUGACGAAAAGCUCCGCCGGGGAAUAUUCCUGCAUGGCAGUCAAUGUCGAAGGGAAAUCCAUGAGUCGACCGGUAACCCUCGAAGUGAUGUACGCACCGAUUUGCAAGGACGGCUCUUCCACCCAAGUGGUCGGCGCCCUGAAGCACGAAACGAUCUCGCUGGUCUGCGGCGUACAGUCGAAACCGCCGCCCACGACCUUCCACUGGACGUUCAACAACUCCGGGGAGUUGAUGAGCGUGCCGGCCACGAGGUACGCGCAGGUCAAACCGCUCAGCCUGAUCACGAGUCACUGGCACGGCUCCAGACUGAAUUACACACCGGAGAACGACAUGGACUACGGCACGGUCGCCUGCUGGGCGAGAAAUCGGAUAGGGGCGCAGAGGACGCCCUGUCUCUUUCAGAUCAUCGUCGCCGGGAAGCCCUAUCCCUUGCAGAACUGUACGGCCCUCCAGUCGACCACCGGACCCUACGCGUACCGAAUGGGUCACGAAGACUUUAAAGCCACCGACUCGAGGGAUUCGGACUCGCUGAUCGUCAGGUGCUCCGAGGGAUUUGACGGUGGUUUGCCCUUGACUAAUUACGAGCUAGAGGUCUACAGCGAGGAGAGCGUUUAUCAUGUCAAUACCAUCUACCUGAACCACACCGAUAGAUCCGGCUCAUCCGGUCCAGUUUUCGAGGUCUCCGGCUUAGAGCCGGGACGGAAUUACAGGCUUCAUCUUUAUGCCGUCAACGCGAAGGGCCGGAGCGAUCCCGUUGUUCUGGAACCGGUCACGCUCAAAGGAGUAGCGAUGUACACCACCGGUCGCGGUAUCUCGGACGAGACGACCGAUUACAGCCUCCUGGUGGCGUGCUUCGCCGGCGGGGUAACCGCUAUUUGCAUUCUGAUCGUCGGGAUAACGCUGACCCUGUACCGGCGAAACCAUCCGACGAUACAUCAGACGAUGAAGACGCAGGCGGUGGAGCCGGUGCAGUAUGAGGGCAAGGAGGACCGGCCGGCGGCGCCGCCAGCGACGAACGGGGCACACCGGGAUAACUUGAAGGAGCAGAUAAACGCGGACGUGCCGGACGACGAUCCGGACGUGAUACCGAGCAAGACCGCGGAGAGGCGGCCGGACAUCUUCGAGCCGGGCUACGCGUCCGGCAAGUCGUCCGAGCGCGCCAAGGACUUCAGGUGCCUCGAGGACCUCGAUUAUCCGUCGCCCUCGUCGGUGCUUCACGCCAAGGACUCCUGGAUCUAUCCGAACGGUUACGCGGAGAGGACCGAGAGGUGCCUGAGCCCGAUGCGGCCCAGCACGCUGCCGGUGCAUCGCACCCACGACAUCUACACGAGGAGUCUGCGUGUACAGGAGAGUUGUAUAUAGAUGGAGGUAUAGCGUCUUUGCGCCCGAUUAUCCGGGUCAGUACCCUCCGAUGCUCGCCAAACCGUCGUACGCGAUUAAACGACGCUUGUAAAUAGACAAUAAAUACCGUUAAGGAUUCACCCCCCCGCCCCCAACCUGACCGGCACGUCGAUUCGACACAUUCCUAUUCUUGUUUUUCACCUAGCCUGUAAGAGGUAGCCUCGUUAGCUUCGUUUCUAAGGGAAACGUGAUACUUGGAACGUCAGGGCGCGAUCAUGCGCGUGUACAGAGACAAUAAUUUUCCGCCGUUGAAAAUAAAAGAAAGAAAAACAGACUUCCCGUCACCUCUCUAUCUCUCGUCGGAAGCCUUUAAAACUACUCGCGAAUGUCUGAAGGAGCGUAUAAAUGUUUUGUCUACACGGAUGUUUUAUCGUGCUUCGUGGUUAAUUAAAUGGUCAAAUAUAAACGUUUGUAUAUAUAGAUAAAUAAAUCUUGUUGU